AACAAUUUUUGCUGUCAAAACACUACACAAACCGUACAACGUACGAGAAAACCUGGUUGCUCAGGAAAAUUUAAUCGGAAAAUUUGGUUUUCUCCCAAUUCAACAUGGCUCUGGUCUUUAGAAACCUCAGCAGAUUAGGUGCCACACAAUGGCUCCGUUCGUCCUUUUCGACGUCAUCUGUCGUCCGCAAGGAUCCCUUAUCCUCGAAGGAAGCCCCAAUUGAGGAAAAUACCGUCGUCACUCUCAAACCCGAAGAAAUCAAACAAAAACAAAAACUCGCUGGCACCAUCACGGUACCCAAGAAAGUCGACAUGAGCCCAAUUAUGGGACUUCCGGAGGAACAUGUGAAGACGCGUCGUGUCCGCAUCUACGUGCCUGCCAAGAAUUCCAUGCAAAGUGGCACCGAUAACUUGCACCACUGGGAAAUCGAGUUCGAUAAUCGUGAACGUUGGGAGAAUCCUUUGAUGGGAUGGACAUCCACUGGCGAUCCACUUUCCAACAUGAAAGUAGAAUUCAACUCAAAGGAAGAGGCAAUUGAACAUUGUGAGAAAAAUGGCUGGAGAUGGUUCGUCGACGGUGAAGUCAAGGAAAAGCCACAUCGCGUCAAGAACUACGGCGUAAAUUUCGCCUGGAAUCGUCGCACCCGAGUUUCGACCAAGUAAAAAUCGCCGUUUUUCGUGUAAAAAGUAAAAAAAAUAAUUGUUGAAUACAAAAUGAGACACAAUUUAAGUAGUUAAUAUUUCA